ACGGCUGCAAGGCUCCCUGGUAUCUAGUUAGGUACCAAGUUGUUGGUUCAGCCUUGCUCACGUUGGCAGUCACAAUAAGUAUCGCAUGAAUAGGCAGGCAACAAGUUUUUCGGGGGCGGUGCUUCUAUUGUUAUCAUCAGCGUGCUAGCAAUGAACUCAUCGUUCAGAUUUUUACAGAUCCGCAUUGCAUUGAUCAAUCCUACCCAGCAACUAGAGCGCCAUAUGACAUCCGGGAGACAUCAUGGAUAUGGUGACUAAAACUGAGAAGAAUGACGUUGUGAUUACCGUUCUCCUUGCCUGACACAUCAUGUUACUCACCACCAUAGAGGUUUCUUCAUAGAAAAUCUAGUCUUGAAUGAAAAAUAUAAAUCUCAGACUCCUCGCCCAUUCAGCUCAACUUCAUUUUGGCAUCACAGCAUUCAAAACACUGUAAACAUCUCCAUCUCAAGUUUAUCACACAUUCUACUCCUACCCCGGCUUCAACCACAACAACAGCUAAAAUGUACUUCACCAGAAGCCUCUCUAGCAUUGCCGUGAGCUCAUUGCUCGCCACGACUGCCCUUGGUAGCACCAUUCAACUUCCGCGCCAAGCUGCUGCAAACGUUGUCGCUCGCGAAGAAGCCAAUGUUCGCAGAGAGGCCAUGCCAGAGGGAAUCCGAAGGCGAGCAAGCCAGUGCUUGAGCGACAUGAAGAAAAAGCGAGAACUCGUCGCCCGCACAGCUUACAAUAUCGGGAUCGGCGAGGCCGCUUUCGGGAAGAACGAUGACACGAUCGAUACCGCGGGUCUGGCUUCUUGCUUCGGUGUUGCCGUCGUCGGCACCUGGAUGGCGGGCACCGACGGGGACUUCGACCGAGCGAUGUCCCACACCUACGCCGAUUCUGCUGAAGACGAGACAGUCCUCGAGGCCUUCGCAACACUAGUCGGAAAUGUGCACACGGCUAUCCAGGGGGGGUUAUCGAUCGACCGGACAGUCAUGGUAGCUACUGACCCCGCUGCCUACAAACUUGAGGAUGGCUGGACCCAGGCAGAAAUCGACAUGUACAACAAGGAAUAUGCGGAUUACGUCGGAACCCUCACUCAGCUCACUGGUCGUGCUCCAGAAGAAAAGAAGCAUCAUUAUGAUGAAGCCUGGAGACUGAGCAUCAAGUCCGACAAGGCUAUUGAAUGUGGCCCUGAGGGUGGUUCCAAUCAGUGCUAG